CCGACCACAGCCUCACGCUGCAGGAAUUCGUGCCAGUGACGUGUGUAUUGGCAGAGCUCUUCCAACAUGGUGUACUACUUCUCUUCUAAUACCGUGUCUCCUGCUGCCUUCAUCUAUGUCGGCAAAGACAAAGUCGAGAACGAAGAGCUCAUAGCACAUGGCUGGGAAGAAGAUGUCUGGUUCCACGUCGACAAUCUUUCUUCGGCGCAUAUCUAUGUUCGCUUACCGGAGGGUGAGGACUGGGAUAAGAUCACCCAAGAGUUGCUAGUUGAUUGUGCGCAAUUGACCAAGGCGAACAGUAUUGAAGGGAACAAGAAAGACAACAUCACGGUGAUCUACACGCCAUGGUCGAAUUUGAAAAAGGAUGGGAGUAUGGCCGUAGGACAAGUGGGGUUCAAGGAUCCGAGAAAGGUCAAGAAAAUCCGCGUUGAGAAACGGGAAAAUCCCAUUGUGAACCGCCUCAACAAAACCAAGGUUGAGAAGUUUCCUGAUCUUAGACAAGAAAAAGAGACCAGACAGAAGGAGCUAAGGACACGAGAUAGAGACGCUCAACAAACCAGGCGCAAAGAGGAAGCUCGCAUUGCCAAAGAGCGAAAGGAAUUGGCCUGGAAGCGAGACCACGUCUACGAUGAUAUCUUCACGGAAGACAACCUCGCCGAGUCUAGCAACCAAGACCGGGAUGAGGACUUCCUUGACGACUUCAUGUAG